CGGGCGGGCCCUGGCAACUCGGGAGCCUCCAGAAACGCUGCCUUUGCGGCGUGCCUGUGUGGUGCUGCCGCGGCUGCUGCUCUGCCUCCCUCCGCCAGCGCGCGCCUGGAGCGGCGAGCGGAGCGCGAGGAGGCGGCGCUGUGCAUGCUGGGCUCGGAGCGCGGCGGCGGCGGCGGCGGCGGGGCUUUACCCUAGGAAGCGAGGCAGGAAGGACUUGAACUAGCGUGCAGCCGCCUCCGCCAGCCCUGCCUCCGCGAGACCCCGAAGGGGCUGCGCGCCCGGCGCCUCGGCCGGAUCGGAGCCGGGGCCAGGAGCGGCAGAGGCAAAGUCCCGAAGGCAGAGGCGGGACGGGGCUGCAAGGGAGGCGGAACCGGGGGAGGGCGGUCGACCCUGGGAGCCGCGCGCUCUCUCUCUCUCUCGCCCCCCCCCGUCCCCGGUGGCUGAUCGCCGCUUGGCAGGAGGAAGCCCCCCCCUGGCUGCGGAUCUGACUGAAGGGGGGCCGGGCGGGGAGGGAGGGAGGGAGGAAAGGGGUGGGAAUCCCUCGCCCUCCGCGCUCUCUCCGGGGCGCACGGCGCUUUUUCGUCGGGGUGGUUUCGCGGGGCUUCUUCGGAGCCGGGGAGCGGGCGAAAGGGGAGCCGACGUCGCCGGGGGCACCUCCGCCAGCAGCAGCAGCAGCAGCAGCAGCUCUCCCACCGCCUCCCCCUGGCCGGGAGAUGGUGACAUAUGAAGCGCGCUGGAAGGACCAUGGUUGAGCGGAACAGCAAGUUCCUGCUGAUCGUGGCGGGCUCGGUGUGCUUCAUGCUCAUCCUGUACCAGUAUGUGGGGCCGGGGCUGAGCCUGGGCUCGCCGAGCCUCCGCUCCUACCAGGACGAGCUGGACCUCUUCCCCACGCCGGACCCGCACUACGUGAAGAAGUACUACUUCCCCGUGCGCGAGCUGGAGCGCCAGCUCGCCUUCGACAUGAAGGGCGACGACGUGAUCGUGUUCCUGCACAUCCAGAAGACGGGCGGCACCACCUUCGGCCGCCACCUGGUGCAGAACGUGCGCCUCGAGGUGCCCUGCGACUGCCGGCCCGGCCAGAAGAAGUGCACCUGCUACCGGCCCAACCGCAGGGAGACCUGGCUCUUCUCGCGCUUCUCCACCGGCUGGAGCUGCGGGCUGCACGCCGACUGGACCGAGCUCACCAACUGCGUGCCGGGAGUGCUGGACAAGCGGGAGAGCGCCGCCGCCGCCAAAACGCCCAGGACCGCUAUCCAGAAGGGUUGGAUUUUGGGGCAUUCUCACCACAUGUGGAGGAAGUUUUAUUACAUCACUCUGCUGAGAGAUCCUGUAUCUCGUUACCUCAGCGAAUGGAGGCACGUCCAACGAGGAGCCACCUGGAAAACAUCCUUGCACAUGUGUGAUGGCCGGACGCCAACCCCCGAAGAGCUGCCAUCAUGCUAUGAAGGCACAGACUGGUCAGGCUGUACUCUUCAGGAAUUCAUGGAUUGCCCGUAUAACUUAGCCAACAAUCGCCAAGUGAGGAUGUUGGCUGACCUGAGCUUGGUGGGUUGCUAUAAUAUGUCCUUCAUACCAGAAAACAAGCGAGCACAGAUACUGCUGGAGAGUGCUAAGAAGAAUCUCAGAGACAUGGCCUUUUUUGGCUUGACAGAGUUCCAGAGGAAAACACAGUACUUGUUUGAGAGAACUUUCAAUCUGAAAUUCAUCAGGCCGUUCAUGCAGUACAACAGCACAAGGGCUGGUGGAGUAGAGGUAGACAACAACACCAUAAGGAGGAUCGAAGAACUUAAUGACUUGGACAUGCAGCUGUACGACUAUGCAAAAGACCUCUUCCAACAGCGAUACCAGUACAAGCGGCAGCUGGAGAGGAUGGAGCAGAGGAUAAAGAAUCGGGAAGAGCGGCUUCUUCACCGGUCUAAUGAGGCACUUCCCAAGGAAGAGACGGAAGAGCAAGGGCGCUUGCCUACUGAGGACUACAUGAGCCAUAUUAUAGAGAAGUGGUAGCCUUGACGGAAUUUUAUACUGAGAACAGGAUUUUAGGGUUUCCAUAAUAAAAGAACAUGGAAUUAAAAACAGCAACUCUUAUUUAAACAAAAAACAAAAAAAUGGUCUGUAAAACAGAAGGUAGAAUGCUUCUAUAAACAAAGGGUCUUUUUACUGUUUCUUACAAGACCAACGGGGUUCUUAAUAAAAUAAAAUAAAACAAAAAAAUAUUAAGGAAUCAGUCCUAGAGAGCUCAGAGUUUAAAAUGCACAAGCGUAGGUCCCCCAGCUCUGACGCCAAAUACAGUGUAAUGUUUCAUAUCCUCCUAGAUGCAAAUCUAGAGGUCACUGAUAGUAGCUUUGUAACCACUGUUCUCCCUUGGCAAGAGUAAUUUGAUCCUCAGAAAUGUCAAAUGUUUUUCUCCCUUGCUCAAGCGAGGUUUUCAGUUGCGAAAGUCAUAAUAAAUGGCAGCGAAUUUGCCAGACGGUGA